UCGCCGCUUCCUCUUGCUUUUCCCCCCAACUUCCCACCGCGCACGCCAAUAAAAACUGCGGCACGCUAACCCUAUACCGAGUGUACUCCGCUCCGCAGCACCAUCACCGCCAGAGCUUCGCUUCCUCUCUCUACAGCUGGCAUGGCGUCUUCCGGCGGCGGGCGCUCACCGGCGACGGCGGUCUUAGACGACCUGGUCGAUGUUCGCGACCGAGUGGGGAUGUUGCAGACCGUACUGCAUGAGUCUUCGCCUCGGGCGACCGCGGAGGCGGGGGAGCUGGUGGAGGGGAUGAUGGCCAAGCUGUCGAGCUCCAUGUCGGUUCUCGGCACCGGUGAUGGCGUCAUAGCGUCGUCGUCGGGAGCAGGUCGGGAAUCGGGCGGGAGGAGGGAGAGAACCGGCGCGGCGGCGUCCGGGCCGCACCGCCGGAGCAGCCCGAGGAGAAGGAUGAAGAGCCCUCUAAUCAAGACGGUCACCACUACAAUGCUCACGGAUGGCAAGUCAUGGAGGAAAUACGGACAGAAGCAGAUAAAUGACUCUACUAGGAGCUACUACCGGUGCACGCAUAAGCCAGACCAAGGCUGCCAGGCCAAGAGGCACGUCCAGGAAUCCGAGUCCAACCCGGCGGAGUACACCAUCGACUACUACGGCCAGCACACCUGCAGGGAUCCCUCCACAUUCCCAUCACUCAUCGCUCAAGGCGCCGCCGCAGCUGCCCCGCCGCCGGACUUCGCAAACCUCAUCAGCUUCGCGCCCAUCAAUGGAUCCAACCGCGGUUUCACCGCAAGCACGAGCACAAGUGCUUUUGCUCAUCAUCUCAUGAAAGAAGCGGCUGAUCAUCAUUCUAUGCUCUUCUCCCGCUUCUCCAACCACAGCUCCUCGCCGCCGGCUCAGGAGGGCGUGUCCAGUGGCUCACCGUCGCCGGCUUGCCACGGGAAGUUCAUGCAGUACGCCGGCGGACAGUUCAUCAACGUUACUGGCUUAAGCACAUCGCCGUUGACUGUGGGAUCGGCGCCAGCGGAGUACUGGCCAGUGGUGGGGGUCGCCGGUGUCGACAUGGAUGCUGGCGCGGCCAUGGACAGCUUCGCUUCCCCGCCGAGCAGCCCGGGGUUUCUGUCGGGCUCGUUGGAGGGAUCAUUUGGCAACAACGUUUGCCACUGGCGAAUCUAGGAUUUUAAAUAGGGUAUGGCAGCCAAAAAAUAAUUCACACACGAUAAGGCUUAAAUUCAUGAAUUAAGCUGAAACCAUCCACUAAAUACAAUAUAAAUAGUUUAAAAAUCAUACUGAUAAUUAAAAUAUUGGUAUACACGUGAACUAGAGACUUACAAUGCUAUUUCCGUGACUAUUUUAUUCGACGAUUUUGAAGGGACAUAAAUGUCUCGAUAAUAUCAUCUUCAUCAACUUGAAAGAAAAUAUCCCGCUCAAUAAAAGUGACUAGACAAUCAUUCAAAAGACUAUCUUCCAUCUUACUUCGUAACUUUGUUUUCACUAAAACCAUUGCAGAAAAUACCCUUUCAACAAUUGCUGUUGCCACUGGUAGAAGCAAUACCAAUUUAAGGAGCUCAUAAACCAAAUCAUACACUUUGUGCCUCUUUAUUUGAACAAGCUUAACUGAGAGAUCAACAAUAUUGUUUAGACCUUUGAAUCUAUCAUCUUGUCUCAUGUCAUCAAUAUAAUUACGUAGCUGCAAUUCAAGCAUGAGCAAAUUAUUAUUUGAGAAUUCCUUUGGAAAGAACUCAGCUAGUCUGCGUAGCUUCUGUGUAUUAAAAGAAUCAAAUGAAUUAGAAGGAUUGAAGGCUGACAUGCAAGACAACAACUCCAU